AAAAGCUUUUCCUGGGAUUAUAUUCUCGGGUAGCUGCUCGGCCUUGAAGGGUGAGAUCUGAAACCUGGGACUAGAAUUGUAGCUUUCUAAGCCUCAGUUUUUAAUUCGAAAAAUAGGAAUGGUGAUUGCCGCCUUCUUGAUUUAGGAGCUUGUUAGGAAGGUCAAAUGAGAGCCUGUUUGCCACAGUGCUUUGAAAAGGAAAUAGUGAGAGAAGUAUAAAUAGCCAAUAUAAACAAGGAAGUGUUCAGGUUCACUCAUAAUCAAUAAGUUUACAAUGACAAUUUUUUACAAUUACAAUUUUAUAAUUAUUUACAAUAAUUUUACAAAUAAAGAUACCUGGCUAUCAUUUUUCAUUUAUUAGAUUAGCAAGGAUUGGACAAAGUGGUAGAUAAAUGCUUUGACAGAAAUCUUGCUCAGUCUAGUAAGAAUAAUGACAACAACAACAAUAAUGCUACCUGUCUUCUGGGCUUUAUUAUAUUACAGGUACUCUUCUUAGAGCUUCGUAUUUAUUACUUAUUUAUUCCUCAUAGUAAGUACGCAUAAUAAUGUACGUCCAUAAUAAUAUUAUUGUUCCCAUUUUGCAAAUAAGUGAACAGAGGCACAGAGACGUUAAGUAACUUGUCCAAGGUCACACAGCUAGUAAGUGCCCCAGCCAGUAUUUCAGCCAGGAUUUAGGAUAGGACAAUGGCCUGUACAAAGGAAAACAUGUUCAAGGCUGCUCCUUUUGUACGUCUAAGGACUGGGCAAGAAUUGAAACAAAGGAUGGAUUCUAAGCAACAGUGAAAGUGUAGCCCGGAUGAACACUCAAACAUUUUCAGUCAAAGUGUAAGUGGUUACAACCUUUUUGGAAGCCAGUUUAGCACGGCAUGUCAGAAGCCUUGAAAAUAAGCACAACCCCACAAAAAGACAAAUACUGCAUGAUUCCAUUUCUGUGAGAUACCUAAAACAGUCAAACUCUUAGAAAGUAGAAUAGUGAUUGCCAGGCACUGGGGGAGUGGGGGAAAGGGGAGUUGUUCAAUGGAUGUAGAGUUUCAGUUUUGCAAGAUGAAAAAGUUGUAGACAUCAGUUGCAAAACAAUAGGCAUAUAGUUAAUACCACUGUUAUUACCACUUAAAAAUGAUUAAGAUGGUAAACCUUUCUAAGGAGGAAACUAUCAACAAAAUGAAGAGACAACCAAUGGGAGAAAAUAUUUGCAAUCGAUAUGAACAAUAAGGGGUUAAUAUUCAAAAUGUAUAAACAGCCUAUACAACAUAACUUCAAAAAAACAAACAACCUGAUUAAAAAAUGGGCAGAAAACCUGAAUAGACAUUUUCCCAAAGAGGACAUGCAGGUGGGCCAACAGGCACAUGAAAAGAUGCUCAACAUUGCUAAUCAUCAGAGAAAUGCAAAUUGAAACCACAUGGGAUAUCACCUCACAACUGUCAUCAUGGCUAUCAUCAAAAAAAAAAAAAAAAAAAACCAACAAAACACACACACACAAAUAACAGGAUGACGAGGAUGUGGAGAAAAGGGAACAAGAGUCUGUUUCAGAAAUCUUGACAUAAUAGUGUAUUUUACAUUUGCAUCACGUUGUACAAUUUAUAAAGUUUAGAUUACAGCUGGAGACAGGGCAGGGAUCUUUGGAAGGCUUUAAAAAAAAAAAAGACUAAAAUGACUGGAUGUAGGGAAUGAAGGAGUGGAAAAGCCAAACUAGAAGACUGGAAAAAGUGGGGAGCCACUGAUAAAAGUGAUGUUAUCAUAAGUUGUCUUGGGAAAAGAUGAGGAAGAGGAUAAGUUAGAAGUGUGUGUGUGUGUGUGUGUGUGUGUGUGUGUGUGUGUGUGUGUGUGUGUGUGUGUGUGUGUGACAGAGACACAGACACAGACACAGAGUCAGUUUACCCUUUAAAUUAUCCUAACUAAAUAAUCCCAUCUCUUCUCCUGUGCUGAAUCCCCUGUCUCCUGGAUCUUUCUGUUUGUGGUUUAUUUUCUCAUUAUGGAGGAUCUUAUUCUCCAGUAGCUUCCUCAGAAGAGGUUCAUGAAAGGUAAGUUUUUGAGACCUUGCUUGCCUAAAAAUGGCUUUAUUUUGCUCUCACACUUGACUGACAGCUGGGUGGGGUACAGAUUUCCAGAUUGGGAAUCACUUUCCCUGAGAAUGUUAAAGGCAUUGAUCCAUCAUCAUCUAGCUUCUCAUGUGGCUAGACUCUUGAAAAGUCUGAAUGAUUUUGAUUUCUGUUACUUCCUGUGUAAUUUUUAUUUGUUCAUUUGUUUCUGGAAGCUUUUAGGACAUAUAUCUUUCCUUCAUCGUUGGUGUCCUAAACCUUCAUCAUGGCCCACCUGCAGAGCCCUUCCUGAUGCUUCUGCCUGAUGCCUGCCUGAUCUCCCUGAGUGGGCGGAGGGAUGGUUCCAGCUUGGAGACGCCAGCUCAGCCGGUGACGGUGACGGACAAAGGGCCCCCAGCUCCAAAGGUGGUGAAGAUGGCAAGUUCCUCUCGCUCCUGGCUCUCCAGAUGCCUCAUCACACUCGUCUUCCUCCAGCUGCCUUUGCACGUGUCGGGGGAUGCCGGCCAGUCCCACGUGGCCCCGCUAGGGGGCACAGCCGAGCUGCUCUGCCCUCUCCCGCUCUGGCCCGUUACCAUACCCUCCGAUGUGAGGUGGCUGCGGACCCCGGGGCUGGGUCUCUCCCAGCUUGUUCACGUAUUCCGGGAAGGGAAGGACCUGGAGGAAGGCGUGAUGCCGGAAUAUAAGGGGAGGACGGCGUUGGUGAGAGACGCCCGAGAGGGAAGUGUCACUCUGAGGAUCCACCAUGUCCGGCUGGAGGAUCGGGGGCGGUACCGAUGUCAGGUCCAGAUCGGAAACCUGAGUCGAGAGGGCACCGUGACGCUGCAGGUUGCAGUUCUAGGCUCCGACCCUUACAUCCACGUGGAAAGCUACGACGCUGGAUGGAUCCAGCUGGUGUGCAGGUCGGCGGGAUGGUUCCCAAAGCCUUGGGUCCAGUGGAGAGACCCUCAGGGCAGGGUGUUUCCAUCCCUGUUGGAGACCCAUUCCCUGGACGAAGCUGGCCUCUUCCGAGCAGCGGUGUCCAACAGAGUCAGGGACAGCAUUCUGGGGAAUGUGUCCUGCACCAUCCGCAAUGGGGCGCUCGGCCAAGAGAAGACCACAGCCAUGGUCAUAGCAGCCCCGUCUCCAGCGAGGUUCUCCUCAUCAGAAGUGGCUCUUGCUGUGAUCCUGCCUGUCCUGGGGCUUCUCAUCAUUGUGGGCGUUAACUUCAUCUGGAAGCAAAGAAAAUCAAAAGAGGAGCUUCUCUAUGAACAGGUGAUGGAGAAAAUCUUCUCUCAGCCCAUGCAAAAGAAAAAGGAAGGCUCCGAAAAGCCCUCAGUAAGUUCUGCUCCUCGUCCAUUGUGCAGACCUUCUUCUGCUGACGACUUUGCUUUAGAGAAACUCCGGAGUGAUCUGAAGUUGAAAAGAGCAGCAGCAAACUCAGGCUGGAGAAGGGCUCGGCUGCACUUUGUGGCGGUGACCCUGGACCCAGACACAGCGCAUCCCAAACUCAUCCUGUCUGAGGACCGGAGAUGUGUGAAGCUUGGAGACACAAGGCAGCCCUUGCCGGACAACCCCCAGAGAUUUGACUUCAUCGUCAGUGUCCUGGGCUCUGAGUACUUCACGGCCGGCUGUCACUACUGGGAGGUGUAUGUGACAGACAAGACCAAGUGGGCCCUCGGGGUGUGUAGUGAGUCCGUGAGCAGGAAGGGGAAGGUCACCGCCUCACCCACCAACGGACACUGGCUCGUGCGACAGAAUUGUGGGAAUGAGUACGAGGCCCUCACGUCCCCGCAGACCUCCUUCCGCCUGAAAGAGCCCCCGCGGUGCGUGGGGAUUUUCCUGGACUAUGAAGCAGGAGUCAUUUCCUUCUACAACGUGACGGACCAAUCCCACAUGUUUACUUUCACCCACAGUUUCUCUGGUCCCCUUCGCCCUUUCUUUGAACCUUGCCUUCAUGAUGGAGGGAAAAACACAGCACCUCUAAUCAUCUGUUCUGAACUCCAGAAACUGGAGGGAUCAACUGUGCUCAAGCCAGAAGACAAAGGCCAUGCUAAUAGAGAUGUUGCCCUGAAGGUGGACCCUUCCCUGCUCGCUGCUCAGACUCCGGAGCUCUUCCCACUCAGAGACAGGAUCCUGUCCUGGCCCUCUGACCUUGGCCCAGCCCUUCAAGGACUUAGGGUUCCUUCUUUUUAGGGACGGACCUCAUUACCAGCCCAGUGCCCUGGAUUUCAGUCUCCUGGCCCAGCACCUGCUUCUGGAACAUCUCUCUUUUCCUCCAGUCCAGACUCUUUUGUGAUUCCUUUUGUACCACCUUCCUCCCACGGCUCAGUUCUAAACUCUGUUCUCCUUCUGGGGACUUGCAACUCCCAUUGCCCUAAAAGAAUUCUUGAGAACCAAAUGAACAGUCAGACUAGGUUUAGGUGGUGAUGCUGAAUGUGUGUCACCGAGAUGCAAGGGCUCUCUACUUGAGGGGCUGGUUAGCAGAACUUCAUCCUGCCUCAUCCUGCUCUCAGGCUGUUAGUCAUGAGUUACGGUGCCCAGUCCUGACUUCUUACUUAUCCUGUGAAGAAUUGCUUUUCUCCUUUUCUCAGGGCAGGCCUCUAGUCCCCAAAGCCAGCUUUUUAAAAGUAAACAUGUUUUGGGUCACACACUCUUCCUUCUUUCUUCUGGAAUAUAGGGAAGGGAGGCCAGAGGGAUUAAAAACAAAACAAAAAAAUGCAAUCACUCUUUUCUAUUUCCUUGAUGCUGUUUACAGCACAGUUGGUGACAUUCAGAGCUAAUGUACAUGUUUUCAAAGCUAAUUACCUAUUUAUGAUAACCAGUUAUGGGGACUUCAAACAUGGUAGCCAUAAUCCUGAAAAACCUCAGGAGAGCAAUCAGGAAACUGGGAAGCCCACCUUCAAACAGAGCAGCCCAGCUGUUUGUGGCCUUGAAAAGGCAGCUAUGGGCAAGGCAAUCUGUUACACUGGCCCUUUUGAAUCCGCUCUGGGAUUCAGAGAGGCCCAGCUAGAAAAAGUGGCAGUUUUAGCCUCCAAAGUUAGAAGCCUUUUUUCCGUAAGACCAUGAUAUCGGAGGACUUGACUAUUUGGGUAGCAAACAGCCUCUUAGGUCAGAAAGUAUGGAUUUCAAAUAGGAAGUUGGUAGACCAAGUGUGAGGAUAAAAUAAUGAAUCUGAUUUUUGGGUGUGGCUUGCAGAAAGAACCCUAGUCACUCUCAAGUCACACCACGUAUGUGAUCUGCCCUCUUUGUCGAGAUAUUGGCUAUCAACUUGCAGAUGGGUACACAGUUCUACCCAGCAGAAACUGGAUCAUUCUGUCUGUCAGAAGUUCUCUCUGUUAGUGCCUAUUUUAGUGUUCUCCAGAGAAACAGACUACAUAUAUAUACAUAUGGCGGGGAAAACAUAUAUGUAUUUAUUUGUUAUAAGGAAUUGGCUCACAUGAUUAUAGAAGCUGGCAAGGCCCAAGAUCUGCAGGGUUAGUCAGCAAGUUGGAGGCCCAGGUGAGCCAGUGGUUUAGUUCCUAUCCAAGCCUGAAGGCCCAACACCUAGGAGAUCCGAUGGUAUGAUUCCAAUUUGAAGGCUGAGACCCAGGAAAAACCAGUAUUUCAGUUUUGAGUCUGAAGGUAGGAAAAAGGUUGAUGGCUCAGACCUGAAGGCUGUCAGGCAGGAAGAAUUCUCUUACUUAGUGGGUGGUCAGCUUUGUGGUUCUACUCAGGCCUUCAACUGAUGGGAUCAGGCCCACCCAUAGUAGGGAGAGCAAUCUACUUUACUCAGUCAACCAAUUCAAAUAUUAAUCUCACCUAGAGAUCAUCAUAUUGAGUGAAGUAGAAAGAUAAAUAUCAUAUGAUAUCAGUUAUAUGUGGAGUCUAAAAAUACAUAUAUAAAUGCUAUUUACAAACCCCAAACAGACUCAUGGACAUAGAAAACAAAGGGGAAAGGGCAGGGAAGGAUAAAUUAGGGGUUGGGGAUUAACAGACACACAUUACUAUAUAUAAAAUAGAUAAACAACAAGAACCUACUGUAUAGCACAGGAAACUAUAUUCAAUUUCUUGUAAUAACAUAUAAUAGAAAAUAAUCUAAAAAGAAAAAAUAUGUGUGUAUAUGUAUAACUGAGUCACUUUGCCCUAUACCUGAAACUAACAUUGUAAAUCAACUGAACUUCAAUAAAAAGUUAAAAAUAAAAUGUUAAUCUCAUCCAGAAACCCUUACAGAAAUACUCAGAAUCAUGUUUGACCAAAUAUCUGGGCACUUUGUAGCCCAGUCAAGUUGACACAUAAAAUGAAAUAUCACAGCACUUGAGUGGAAUUUUUUGUUUGCUUUUGUAUGGUACUUAAAUAAAAAUUUGAUAUUUUUUGCUUGG